AACAAAUAAGAUAAUAAAUAUGUUAGCAUGGUGAAAACGCACAUCUAAUAUGAAGAUGCAGAUAUGAUGAGAAGUCACCUGUUUUCGCGUCUUUGUAACAGUGGGAGACUUAAGCUUUCAAGGUCGUGUGUUUUGCAAACAGUGAAUAAUUCCCAUUGCCAUUUAGAAAGCUUUUUUUAUCCCUUCUAUCAAACAACUGAUCGAGCUGUAUGGAUAUUGCUACUCUCCUUCAAUGGAAGCUUAAGUACUCCGAAAACUGUAUUUGCACUAUAUACACUCUAUUCAAACGUUAUUUGAAUGAGGAGAAUAAGUGCACGUGCUCCAAAAUUGCUGUACAAUUCGCUAAUGGAACUGUCGAGACGGAUGACGUUGAUGCCGAAAGUGUGCUUAUAAAACAAGUAGAAGAAGCCCUCAAAAAGGCACAUUUAGCCCUUUAUCCAAAAAAAGCUGAAUUAGAGCCCGUAGCAGUAGUUAGGCCUUGCAAUAAUGUACCGAAGAUACAUCACAAAAAAAUUUAUUUGAAAAAAUCGAAGUCCGAUAGCAGUGAAGCUAUGAAAAAGCAACGAAAAUAUAUUCCUGCCCACUUAAAAGCUCCGUACAAAACGGAUGUGCGUGUACCAAAGCGGAAGUUAUUUUCAUUGGGUCAGCCAUUGACAUCAUUUCUACCAAUGAAGGAGAUGAAAGAUUUAAGCAAGGAAACCGUAAAAAAUGACAACAAAACUGCUAAUAGACAGGAAGACCAUGCAGAAGUGAAUUUUUCCGAAGAUAUGAAUUCACUAUGCCAUUUAGCUCGUAUGUGUGAGUGCUCCCAACGUCGAACGCACCAGCAAGCCGUCCUGGCCGAGCAGAUAGAUAAAAGCGUUUCAGACUUGUGGCGCUUGAUCUCGUGUAUCAGAAAAGUAUCAAAUUCGGAUGAUAAAAGUAUCCUACCUUUUUUUUCAAAAAAUAUCUCUACGGAAUCCAAACUAGUUUCUGGUCUAUACUUUGCUAUCCAAAAGUGCAACCUUGCUAUUGCUCUAUUCAACAAAUUCACUAGUCUUAUACAGUUCAUUGAUGUACAGAAAGUUGGUCCAAAUGAGAUUUGCUGGAUUCAGCAAGUUUUCUCAAAAUUUACCCGUAUUUCAAACUUGCUGGGAUUACUGUUGAUAAAAGUGAAUUCUGGAUCAAGUGACUUGUCGUCAGAGGAUGUUCUUUAUGAUCCGCUCACCUAUAAUGAUCCCAUUAGUACCUGGUUUGCUUCAAAACGCUCAGUCAAGUCAGAUGCUUCUCCAAGUCCAUUUGAAGCAUUUCUGACCAUAGGUAACUUUCCUAUCACACCAGGAGCAUUUUCCCGCGUAUCAGCGUUAACGGCUUGCCCUCAAAUGUGUGUAUUCAGUGGCAGCGAGAAACAGGCGUUAUUAUUUACGAACCUCUGGAGUGAGCUCGAAUCCAUGCAAACAGAACUCGAACUUCUAAAAGUUUUUAAAGCGAACCUUCCUGAUUUGCUUGCCGAUCAUUUAUUUACCAAACCGAUGAAUCGUGCGUCAGCUUUCCGUAAUUUAUACACACUUAUUUGUGGAAACAGUCCAACGAUUUUGAAAAGCAACGUGUAAAAAAUUACAUUCUACAUAUCUUGUAAAUUUCAUAUAUAUGCAAUGAAAACAUUCGCAAGCAUGUGCAAAUUUCUAAUUGUUGAGUGACAUUUAUUAUGCAGAGAAUCAUGUGUACUUUUUAAAUUUAUCAUUAUGUAGUAGAAAAUUUUUUCGAAGUACAAAUAAAAUUUCCAAAUUAUUUAUGGAAAUUAAUCAUAAUGACUUAUC